UUUACGUACCUUUUCUGUUUACCUUUUCUGUUGCUUCUAGAUCUUCCCCCCUUCUGAUCAGAAGAGGAAGUGAAAAAUUCCCCUGACAUGAACAAUUGCACUUCAGGACUCAGGUUUCACUUCUGAGUCUGGAUCUGGAAAGCAACAAGGAAACUCUCAGUGAAGAUUUAGGGGAGAGGCAGAGAAGGAGAAGCUCCAAGACUACAGGUGUGCAAAAACUGUGGAAAAGAAUUUUAGAAUGGUGAUUAAAGAAGAAAAUAAGAUGUGUUUCAAAGGAGUUGUAAAUGCCUAGUUUAGAAAAACAGCUGAAGGAAAACAAGCUGCAAAAAAGGGGAAUAGCAUGGGGAACUGUUGUCAGAAACAUUGUGCUUGUCUGGAGCCCUACGUAUCUUGGCUUUUCCAUGUCUGCAACUGCAGAUCGGGGGAUAAAUACAAGACUGAUCAAAUCAUCUGCAACCCAGCAGUAGUUUCCUCUCCAGGACAACUCAGCCAACCUGAUGGGGGUGGACAGGUCAAUAUGAGAGUCUUGCCUCCUCUUCCUCCAUCAGAGCAGAACUGUAAUUUUGUGGCCCUGUUUGAUUACCAAGCCCGUACGGAAGAAGAUCUGAGCUUCCAAGCUGGAGACAAGCUUGAAGUUCUGGAUAUGUCACAUGAAGGAUGGUGGUUUGCAAAGCUGCACUUGGGGAAUGGGUUUGCCAGGCCUGGACAGAAGCUUCAAGGCUACAUCCCUGCCAACUAUGUUGCAGCAGAGCAAAGUAUUGAAGCUGAACCGUGGUUUUUCGGAGCUAUGAAACGAGCAGAUGCAGAGAAACAACUGCUAUCCAUUGGAAGUCAGGCAGGAGAAUUUCUAAUCAGGGAAAGUGAAAGUCAAAAAAGCCAAUACUCACUUUCAGUGUUUGACGGCACGGCUGUGAAGCACUACCAAAUCAAACGGCUGGACAGUGGAGGAUUUUUUGUGACCAGAAGGAAAACAUUUCAAACUUUGACGGCUUUUGUCAGGCACUACAGUAGGAGCAGCGAUGGACUCUGUAUACGGCUUGGGAAACCAUGUAUAAAGACACAAGUUCCGGCUCCUUAUGAUUUGUCAUACCAAACCGCAGAUCAGUGGGAGAUAGACCGCAGCUCUUUGCAGUUCUUGAAAAGGUUGGGUUCUGGCCAGUUUGGUGAGGUUUGGGAAGGCUUAUGGAAUAAUACCACACCUGUGGCAAUCAAAACAUUAAAGCCAGGUUCAAUGGAUCCAAAAGACUUCCUGAGGGAAGCACAUAUAAUGAAGAACCUGAGACACCCCAAGCUUAUACAGCUGUAUGCUGUUUGCACUUUAGAGGAUCCAAUUUAUAUUAUUACAGAACUGAUGAGACAUGGAAGUCUGCUAGAAUACCUCCAAAAUGAUAGUGGUUCCAGGAUCCACUUGCCUCAGCAGGUGGACAUGGCAGCUCAAGUUGCCUCAGGAAUGGCUUAUCUUGAAUCUCAGAAUUAUAUCCACCGUGACUUGGCAGCCAGAAACGUCCUUGUUGGUGAACACAAUGUUUACAAAGUGGCAGAUUUUGGACUUGCCCGGGUUUUUAAGCUAGAAAAUGAAAAUGUAUAUGAAGCCAAACAUGAAACAAAACUGCCUGUGAAAUGGACAGCUCCUGAAGCAAUCCGCUCCAGUAAAUUCAGCAUUAAGUCUGAUGUGUGGUCAUUUGGGAUACUUCUCUUUGAAAUAAUUACAUACGGAAAGAUGCCUUAUUCAGGUUUGAUGGGCUAUCAAGUAAUCCAGAGAUUGGAUCAAGGAUACAGAAUUCCUCAGCCAGAGAACUGUCCUCAAGAAUUGUAUAACAUUAUGCUUCAGUGCUGGAGUGUUGAACCUCAGGAACGGCCAACUUUUGAAACAUUGCACUGGCAACUGGAAGAUUAUUAUGAUAUGGAUUCUAUAUCCUAUGUUGAUUCAAACUCUUUUGUAAAAUGAACUGCAAAAUAUUCCUAAGGAUCAUUUGACUGAGAAUGACAGAAAAAUAACUGUGUUCCUUUAGAAAAGUUUCCCUUUAUCAUUUGAUUGCCUUUUGCAAAACAUGUAUUUCCAGCAUCCUCCUAUAGCAAACACACUCUGGGUCAUAGAGUAUAUAUCUCCAGCAUGUUUACAGUCUGAUUCAUGUAUCAGGUGGAGCAGAGUCAUAUCUUUGAAAGCUGAUGACGUAUUAAAUUUAGUAGGGUGCUACAAGUUACAUUAGAUGGCAGCCAUAUUCAAAGACCCAAGUGCCAUUAGUUGAUAUCCUAUGACCACUGUACAGUGUAGAUAAAAGUUAAUAAACACCUCAUGCCAAGAUGCAGAGAGCACAGCAAUUACAAUAGUGUGCAUAACAACCCCACUGCAACCCAUUACUCAUGCCACCAUGUGCCAGUGACACACCCAUGGUAGAUGGAGAUGGAAACACCAGUGUUUGCCAGGCAAGGAAGAUGCAGAAGCUGGAACAGUAACAAGAGGACCCACAACAGCACAAUCAAAGGAGGAAUUCUGGUCAUCUCCCCCAAUAGCUCACUAGGAAAAGGCACCCAUAUGGCAAACAACCCAUGGAUUUGAAUUUCACACAAAAAGGCAAAGCAUAACUUUUGGCCACCAGGUUGAUCAGCAGCAUAGCAGAAGAGAGAGAGAAGACUAGAACCCACCCACUUGGAGGUAGUCCUUUAACCACACCGUUAGUAAUACUCAGCAGCCCUGGUGCUGGCACCAGCCAUACAUAGCAGGGCAGGCAGGCUAGCAUAGGACAGUGGAAAUACACAACUAUAGCAUAUGAGAUGGGGAGCCAGAGAAUUCUGGAAGCAUCUCAGCCAUAGCCUCAAACACCAAUAAGCUAGACAUGUUUAUUGCUGUUUUGUAUGCCAGUCAUUUUGGAUGGCAAACCCCUGUGCACCAUCUGGUAACUGCAGUCGGGGUGUUCAUUGCUGCAUAGCAGCUAUAAAUGUACUCUGGUCAUUGCAGCUGUUGGUCAUGUUGCAGGCUCACCUUGUGAUAGACAUUGCAAUAUUAACGGAGUCCAUCCUGACCUCUGCCCAUGUCAGACUCUUGCCUUCAAGGAGUCUAAAGAGGUAUCUAAAUGGUGAUGAGUAUUGUUCCGCAAUAGCAGUGAACAGCAAGUGGGUCCCACAGUUCUACACAUGGCACUCUUGUAGGUCCUCCAGUCUCCUCUUUCUCGGAAGUUCCCAUGUGGUGGGGAGAACCUCUUGGUGACAGGUUAUAGCCACGUGCCAAUACUUAUUCAUCCCUUGUCAGGAACAGCAUUGAAAUUUUGUCUGCCGCAUCAGCUGGAAUGGCUCCAUGGGGAUCUGAUCCUGUGAGGCAACAGACAUCAUUUGUGUAUGCUUCCUUUAUCCCCACGUGCCAUGGGAGUUACACCAGCAUGACAUUGUAUUGAUAGUGUGGUACAAUGCUGCUGGCAUAUCUGCAGCAAGGGCUCGCCUUUUGUAUGGUAUAUAAUUACUGCUAGCAACUGUUGAAGUGUGGGAGGGGGUUGGUGCAGCAAUGGACAGAAUGGGUGAGGGGAUCAUAGGGAAGUUGCAAAAGUCACAGUUUAGGGCAAGGCCCCCCUCCACUUAACUGGCUGGGGUACAUUGUUCUUAUACCCAUAGCUGCAGUAACAGAGCCUUUCCCUUUGGUCUUCUGUGUCCUGAAGCAACCAGAAAGAGGUCUGAGUCAAGCAGGGUUAGGCAUAUGCUGCAACAAUGUUGUUUCCAUCUCUUGGGGGUUUGUGCAAAGUGCCUUUUGAGGAGUGGCUGAGAGGCAGUUGCUGGUUCCCUUGGCAUGUAUUGUAUGGGAUUUGCAAAAUUGAAUGAGGUAUGAAUGAGGCUGGGGACACUUACGAUACCAACUAAAUGCCAGUCUGCCCCUUGACAAGCCCUUGACACCAGUGAAGUUUUGGCACUGCUGUAUUUCCAGAGUCACUUUGAAAUUCUCUAUGGUACCUUGGAAUUAUAUGAUAUAAACCAUUCAGAGGCAUUAAAAUAGUAAUGAAUCUUAAGAAAUGUAUGUCUAUUAAAAUGUGUGACAUACAACAAGAUUGUGAUGGUAGUAGCUUAUGGAAAUGGAAAGGACUGGAUUUUUAAAAAAUCUGUACUGUUCAAUGAUGAUAAAUAGCAAAAUUUAUUAUUUAAACAAGAGACAGCAAAAAAUACCAAUCAUUACCAGAUAGCCUGCUGCACAACAGGCACAGCAAAAUCAUACUUUUUAUAUAUGACUGAUUAUUUGUUAAUCUUCAUAUUCUGCUGCUUAUGUACUAAAUCAGUCAGUUAUUAUGAAGGAACUUGAUUGCUCUUAUGCACAGCAGGACCUGUGCAUUGAGAUAUUUUCUUUUUUCUCCUUUUCUAAAUAUCUUAUAACUACAGUUUUGGCUAGGCUAUGUGAAAUGUUUUUAUUGCACUUGGAGUUGAUGCAUAUUUGUUUCAGAGGAAUAAAAAGAUACAUGGUGGGAAAGCAUUAACUUUCAGUAGAAAGAAAGUGAUUUUUAAAAGAAAUGUCUGAGAUUCUCUGUCUUAAGAACAGAUCAUCCAAAACUGAGAAAUGUAUGUUGAACUUGGAAUUGUAAUUUAUUAAAAAUUGUAAAGAUAAA